GCACGGCCUUGCAACUCGCCAUUUUCAACCCCUUUCGCAGGAUAUAAACCGUCCCAGGAUUGCCAGCCAUACCAUUGAAGACGAGCAGUCCUUCUGAAAGCAUCAGCACAAAGUGACCUAAGCCAAAAUGAAAUUCGUCAUCGUCGCCUCAUUCUGCGUGGCCGUGGCUCUCAGUCAGACGGUGAUUCAGCCAAAACCAAACGUUCGCAAUUUACCUGCUGAAAUCCACAAAGACGCUCCAGGCCAGUGCAUUGCAUUCACUCUGAAACAACCCCAGGCCGUAGGAAAGUCUUGGUCACUGGCUCCCUUCUGUGGAAGAGCCACCUGCAUUCAACAUGAAGGCAAACUCUUCGAAAAGGUGGAAGACUGUGGCUUUGAGCCCAAGCCAUCUCCCGGCUGCAGAGUCAAGAACGAAGCCGACCAAGCUAAGCCAUACCCAGCUUGCUGCCCGGUGUACGAGUGCCAGCCAGGUGCUACCCUUCUGUACCCAACUCCAGAAGAACUGAGGGUUGCUGCGCAGAGGAACGCUCAGGCAGCACAAGGUGCCCAAGGAUAAUCACCGAUCACUCAGGAUGCUUGUAGUCGAAGACUCAAAGAGGAUUUUCAUAGAAGUUGGAAUAAAGUCUUGGGAAUAUUUCUUUUACAUUUAUGUCCAAUGACAGUAAUAAUACAAAAAGGGAAAGAUUAGGAAGAACUUUUUAAUGCAAAAAAUAAUUCUAUGAAUAUUUACACUGAAAGCGAAAAAGAAUUAUGUACGAA